AAACACUGCGCAUGCUCACUGGAUCACUUCGAAUAACCUGAAGCUACUAUUAUCUUCGGUGCAAAAAUAUUAUUUUAACAAGAAAAAACCAUCUUUCUGCGUUUAAAAUAUUAAUGAUGUGGUCGAAAUCAGCGCCAUCCAUAUUAGAGAGUCUAGUGCCUUUACUUAUUGUGGUGCUCGUGCAAGCUCCUAUAUUGGUGAUUGGGUGUAACAGCAGCAUUGAAAUCACUCUCGUGGAUGAGAACAAAAAUGAGACACACUGUAGGAGCUGUGACUUGACACACUGUGAUCUGGGAUUCGGUUUCAGUGUGAGAUGUGGGGGUACCUACCCAACAGACACAAGAGUAGAGUGCGUCCCUUGCAUAGCUGGCACAAAUUUCUCAAAUGUUAGAGACUAUAGCAUGUGCCAGGCUUGUACAAUCUGUGGUGAAAACAGAUUGAAAACAGGAAAGUGUGAUGUGGAAAAAGACACCACUGUUUGUCUGCCCAAGUGUAAUGAAGGGCAUUACUUUGAUAAUAGCACUGCAAAGUGUCCGGCAUGUGAAAAGUGUUGUCAUGAUGGCAAGGAUGUCCAUGUCUCAAGUUGUGCCAAAAUUUCUGGAAAAAACUGCAAGACCCGGGACCCUUGUACCACUGCACCAAGCACUGACAGCAAAGAGCAUUUACCGGACCAUCCUAUUUCUGGGUGGAAAAUUGCUUUUAUAGUAAUUGGCUGCCUAGUGUUUUUUGUAAUUGUAGUGACAUGCUUGUUUAAUCCCGGAUUGAGGCGAAAGGUUUUAAGUAGGUGUCGUAGGACACUUUAUCGGCUGCGAUCAAGACACUCGAUGCAGAGGGUUGUGAAUGGAGCUACUAACAAUAAUCUAGAAAAUAUUGCCACUCAAGCACGUAGAAAUUCGGAUCCUACUCCUAGGGACUGUCCAGAUUCCAGGCGAAGCUCUACUGGUUUUGGCCGUUCACAGUCACAUCCUGGAGCCAAUAAUUCAUCCCCAUGCUCUUAUUCAGAUAGUUGUGCAAAAACCUACAGUGUUGAUGGGUUAAAAAGCUAUUUGACAAGGAAACUCAAAGGCUAUGAUAAAAUCCAAAAUGAAACCCAGGGAGCAAUCUGUUCGCAGCAAGGACCAGAAGAUGAGUUUCAAUGUGAGAUGCAGGGAGAAAGCAGCUUGCAGCCAUUACCCGAAGAAGCGCAAGCUAAUGGUCAAGCUGGUAAUGGUUGCAUUGGAGAUGAGUAUUCAUUGGCAAUAAGACAGCCUCUUCCCCAAACACAAAAUAUGCAGAUGCUUCAAAUGGUUACCGUGUACCAUGCUUCAAAUGGUAACCUCGAACUUAAUAACAUUGUUGGCGGGAAUAAGGGCAGGAUAAUAAAUCCUGUAAUAAGUGAAACAUUGGACCAAAUUCUGCGUAAACGCUGUGGAGAUGCUGUUUUCAACAAUCCUGAAGUAGAGGUGAAACUCCAACACCUUCCAGAGAAAAAACUUAAUUCAAGUAUUGAGGAGCUUCCAGCACACGAAAGAAUUAAAGUUUGUACCAAAUUAAACGUGAAACACGAAUUUGACCAAAGUGAUUUUCGAAUGCUUGGAUAUUGCAUUGGUUUCGACGUGGAACAAAUCACUUUAUUGGAUCAGCGAUAUAAAGAUCCAAUGCAUGACAUUUUUAUCUAUCUGAUGCAUCGCGGUUGUUCGGUCAAAAGACUUGUAUAUAUCUUACUUUUGCCAAAUUUUAACAGACAAGACGUUGCAGAUGUGCUUAUUAAAUGGUGUGCAAAAAGUGAUAAAAAUUACGCAGAAUAACCAAAAUUAAUCAUCAUGGUUUAUAAAAUGACCUCUGAGGAAAACUCUGAUUCCACCUGAAAGCAUGCGCGCGCACUUGACAUUGAAAUUUGCCUUCUAACUACCUUCGUGCAAAAUCGCGCGUUGCACUCUAGUAGGUUUCUAUGGUAAUGUGCGGGCAAGCUCAUAGCUGGAGUGGCCUAUUGCCCUUAUAAUAAAUUGUAUUCCAAAUUAUAUCAAAUUUGAAGCCGUGAACAUUUGUUUUAAAAACUUUUGUUGCUUUAAGUUGUGUUUUGACAUUAUAGAUACCAGAAAAAAAAAGACUUAAGUCUAUAAAUUCUAUUCUUUCUCUAAGAAUGAAUGCGGUAAUACAACAUAAUUUUGAAUAUGUGAAAUGAUAUUUGUAAAUACAUUUUAGGAGUUAUAUUCAUUUACGGAAUUGAGGAAUGCAUGUAUCUAAAACUGACAUUUGUCUUCAACUGUGAAACCGUUUUCUGAAAUUCACCUUUUUUUACUUUAACAUGCAAAAUAGAGUUUUAUACGUCGUUUGGAUUUAUAAGCACAUAAUAUAGCAAUACAAUGAUUGUAUUAACAAUGUAAUAUAAUUAAUAUAAUACUGUUGUUUA